AACUGGGUUCCCUGCCGUCUUGACGUCUAAGCACAACAUAGCGUCCAUUUGUCCAACGCGCACGCGCACCACUACAUACAGCAAGUGUGCGUGGUGACAGCUGCACCGAUGAUAUCGAUGAACGGUUCUAGCGGCAUCAGCAACCCGCACAGCAAACACGGCAAGAAGCAUAAAAAGAAAAGUAAGAAACACCGCAAAGGACCGGGCGAAGACAUCUCCAAUUUGGAAAUUAGGCCCCAGAAUCCCAAUGACGACCUGUGUCACAUCCUCACGAUUCACAGGACCGCCUCUCUGCCAAAAUCUCCACCAGAAUCUCUGCCCUGCCUGCCACUUCAUCUCUCUCAGAGCCCCCCUAAUCUCCAGCCCCCUACCCCCCAGAGUUCAUCCAUACCUAUACCCCAGCCCCCUACCCCCCAGAGCCCAUCCAUACCUAUACCCCAGCCUUCUACACCGGAGACCCCGUCCAUAGCCAUACCCCAGCCCCCUACCCCCCAGAGCCCAUCCAUACCUAUACCCCAGCCUUCUACACCGGAGACCCCGUCCAUAGCCAUACCCCAGCCCCCUACCCCCCAGAGCCCAUCCUUACCCAUACCCCAGCCUUCUACACCGGAGACCCCAUCCAUUGCCAUACCCCAGCCCCCUACCCCCCAGAGCCCAUCCUUACCCAUACCCCAGCCUUCUACACCGGAGACCCCGUCCAUAGCCAUACCCCAGCCGCCUACACCCCAGAGCCUGUUCAUACCCCAGACCCCAUCCGUAGCCAUACCCCAGCCGCCUACAACCCAGAGCCUGUUCAUACCCCAGACCCCAUCCGUAGCCAUACCCCAGCCUCCUACACCCCAGAGCCUGUUCAUACCCCAGACCCCAUCCGUAGCCAUACCCCAGCCUCCUACACCGGAGACCCCGUCCCUACCCAUACCCCAGCCCCCUCUGCCCCAGACCCCAUCCAUACCCAUACCCAUACCCCAGCCCCACCCCACUAUCGCUAGCUCUCUUCAUACGCCAUCCUCUGGGACGCCCCCCACUCCCGUUGGCCCUCCGUUGCUUAUACCCCCCGCUCAGUACGGUACACCCCCCACUCAGUACGGUUCAUCCCCCAUCCAGUACGGUACACCCCCCAUUCAGUACGGUUCACCCCCCAUCCAAUUCAGUACACCCCCUGGUCAGUACAGUACAUCCCCUGCUCAGAACAGUACAUCCCCUGUUCAGAACAGUACAUCCCCUGCUCAGAACAGUACAUCCCCUGUUCAGAACAGUACAUCCCCUGUUCAGAACAGUACAUCCCCUGUUCAGAACAGUACAUCCCCUGCUCAGAACAGUACAUCCCCUGCUCAGAACAGUACAUCCCCUGCUCAGAAAAGUACAUCCCCUGUUCAGAACAGUACAUCCCCUGCUCAGUACAGUACACCCCCCGCUCAGUACAGUACACCCCCCGCUCAGAACAGUACACCCCCUGCUCAGAACAGUACACCCCCUGCUCAGAACAGUACAUCCCCUGCUCAGAACAGUACACCCCCCGCUCAGUACAGUACACCCCCCGCUCAGAACAGUACACCCCCUGCUCAGAACAGUACACCCCCUGCUCAGAACAGUACAUCCCCUGCUCAGAACAGUACAUCCCCUGUUCAGAACAGUACACCCCCCGCUCAGUACAGUACACCCCCUGCUCAGUAUGGUACACCUUCUACUCCACUCCUCCUGCCCCCUGAGACACCCUCCUCCCAGCCCCUCAGCCCACCCCUACCUGACUUCACCCCGCCCCCACCCGAACUCCUCGGAUCAGAUGACGAAGAGCAGGAAGACCCUUCGGAUUAUUGCAGAGGUGGGUACUACCCAGUGAAGAUUGGAGACCUGUUCAAUGGCCGCUACCAUGUUGUUCGCAAGCUGGGCUGGGGGCAUUUCUCCACUGUAUGGCUGUGCUGGGACUUACAGAGGAAGCGGUUUGUGGCUCUGAAGGUGGUGAAGAGUGCGCAGCACUACACUGAGACGGCCCUGGAUGAGAUCAAACUACUCAGAUGUGUACGGGACAGUGAUCCCUCAGACCCUCAUCGAGAAACCAUCGUGCAGCUCAUCGACGACUUCAAGAUAUCCGGGGUCAACGGAGUGCAUGUGUGCAUGGUGUUGGAGGUCCUCGGCCACCAGCUGCUCAAGUUCAUCAUCAAGUCCAACUACAUGGGCCUGCCGCUGAUCUGCGUGAAGGCCAUCAUCCGGCAGGUUCUGCAGGGCCUGGACUACCUGCACACAAAGUGCAAGAUCAUCCACACGGACAUAAAGCCGGAGAACAUUCUGCUGGACGUGAACGAGGUGUACGUCAGAAGACUGGCUGCCGAGGCAACCGUGUGGCAGCAGGCCGGGGCUCCGCCCCCCUCCGGCUCCUCAGUUAGCACCGCCCCAAAGGAAAAGCAGUCAGGAAAGGUGUCCAAGAACAAGAAGAAGAAGCUGAAGCGCAAGGAGAAGAGGCAGCAGAAGCUGCUGGAGGAGAGACUCAUGGACUUACAGAAGAUGGAGGACCUCGACGGGAGCACUGCCCCAGAUCUCAGCAGUCCCCUCUGCACCACAAACCCCAUCCCCGCCCCCGCCCUCCCUGGGCCCACACGGAGCAGCCGGAGGCCCAGUUCGCUGCGGGAGGAGGGGAGUGACCUUCACAGGCAGGCCUACUCGUCUCCGGGGAACUCCUCGGCUGUUAACGGGAACGGCCACCCUAACGGCGGAGCUUCAGCCCUGGGCCCUGCCAGCCCGGAGUCGGCCUCGUCGUGGGCGGAGGAGGGCUGUAACGGCCUGAUGCGCUUCUCCAGCCCUGGCUCCGGCCUCUCCGGCCUCUCCGGCUCCCUCAUGUCCACCGCCUCGGAGUCCACACUGUCCACGCUGUCAGGCUACUCCACCGGGAGGGGCAGCCAGUGCUCUCUGCUCUCCCCCAGCAUGUUUGGCGCAGCAGAGUUCCUGGUCAACCCGCUGGAGCCCCAGAACGCAGAUAAAAUCCGUGUGAAGAUCGCAGACCUGGGCAAUGCAUGCUGGGUGCACAAGCACUUUACAGAGGACAUCCAGACCCGACAGUACCGUGCGCUGGAGGUCCUGAUCGGGGCGGAGUACGGACCUCCUGCAGACAUCUGGAGCACAGCCUGCAUGGCGUUUGAGCUGGCCACGGGAGACUAUCUGUUUGAGCCUCACUCAGGGGAGGACUACACUCGAGAUGAAGAUCACAUCGCCCACAUCAUCGAGCUGCUCGGGCCCAUCCCGCCCCACUUCGCACUGUCGGGGCGGUAUUCCCGCGAGUACUUCAACCGCAGAGGGGACCUGCGGCACAUCAUGAACCUGAAGCCCUGGGGUCUGUUUGAGGUCCUGCUGGAGAAGUACGAGUGGCCUCUGGAGCAGGCGGCCCAGUUCAGCGAUUUCCUCCUCACCAUGAUGCAGCACGUCCCAGGGAAGAGAGCCACAGCGGCCCAGUGUCUACAGCAUCCCUGGCUCAACCCGUAAAAACACGCCCCCGUCUCACUGCUGCACAAACGGCUACGCGCCUGUCUGUCGACCGCAAGGUCAGUCCGGAGACCGGGCUCCACCUCUGAACCUGCUGUUACACCACGGGGUUGAAGGGAAGUGCCAUUUAAAAUAGUUUAUUGAGCUCUUACCUCAACCGAUGGGACUUUUAAAUACAAUAAAUAGCUUUACAUUUUAUGUAAGUGGUAGCAAUUUGGAAAUGUCGAGUUUUCAAAUGAAAUGUAUUUGUCACCUUAUUGUUGUUGUGUCCUUCGUCACAUAUUUUAAAAAUAGUGCCUUGUGUGUUAAAAGAAAAAAAAAAAAGGUUUACUGUGAGCGAAAAAAGCUGUCUUCACCUUUUUUUAUACGUCGCAAGUUUGUCAGAGGAAUGUUUGUUUUUUGAACAUGCAAUGUAUGAAAGUAAGCUAAAUGAAUUAACAACUUAUCCAGUGUUCUUAUGAAUAAAUUUUUUGAAACCUGA